UUCCGGCUCACUAUCUCGAUCUAGUGAUUCCAUAGACUUUCUCUUGAAGCUUGAAGGUCGCGUUGAAGACCACAAGCCUGUAGAAAGAGGCUAUCACUCUACAGUUCAAAUAGGUGAAUACGUAUACAUGUGGGGUGGAUACCAGCCUCAUCUCUCCAAAAAACGCAAUGAAGAUGUGUCAUCGAUCAUGGAGGUGUUUCACUUGCCAUCCCGGGAUGUGGGAACUGAGACCGACCUCAAACACACCCCCUAAAGGGAUCUAUGGUUACGCAUGCACUGCAAUCGACAGGGAAAUAUUCUUUUUUGGAGGCUAUUGUAACUCAUCCAGCACUUUUCAAAAUAGUCUCUUUAGCUUCAACACUGACGCUGAUGCCUUUAGCUGGAGAGAACUCUCUCCUACUUCUCCUAGUCAUGGUCACCCAAUGGUAAAGGGGUACUCUGGCAUUGUUGCAGUACAGGUUGGUGGUAAGGACUACAUUGCAGUAAUUGGAGGGAGAGGAUCAUCUUCACCUGAACAGGCUAAAGCUCAAUAUAGCCAAGGUUUUGGUGCACUUCAACGCUGCAAUGAGGUCCAUUACUAUAAAUUAUUGUCAGGUGAAUGGGAGUCUCCUGUUGUUACUGGAAACAGACCACCUCCUAUCAGUGGCUUCACCAUAGAAUCGCUUAGCAAAAAUACUGCUCUGCUGUUUGGAGGGGCUACUUCUUUUGGACACAAUAGCUGUGUUUAUAUUGUGACCUUCACCAGAAAAGUGAAGUUCGUAAAGAUAUCUAAUCCUGGUGGAUCAGUAAAAUGGCCUUCAGGAAGAAGUGCUCAUUCGAGUGUUAUCAUAAAUCAUGGUUCGUCAGGACAGCACCUGUUAGUGAUUGGUGUUAAUGACUGCUGGGUACUUGACAUUAUCAAUAAGACCUGGAAAGAAGUGGUUACUUUACCAGAUGUUGUUACUAAAAGAAAUAAUCAUUCCUUAUCAGCUUGGAGCGUGACUCCUGCUACUACUUGGAUUGUGCAGUUUGGAGGAUAUAAAGGGAGAAAAAUGAUUGGAGAUACAACAAUCAUUGAAUUCAGGUAUAAUGCCGAGAACGAUUGGUCUGUUGACGUAAUACCUCCAGAUCAGUAUCAAGAUAAACUAAGAGAGAGAAAACAAGAAUGGGAGGAGUCUCAAGUCAUUCAUCGCCAAAGGGACAAAAUAAUAGAGCAGAGCCAGACAGAGCAAGGAAUUAUAGAGGAAAGGUUACAGCCGUUAGAUCAUGAAGAAGUGAGGGAGCAAAGUAAAAGGGAUCAGCAAAACAAGGAGCAGAAUCAUCAAGGACACCAGGAACAGAAUACAGAUGAACUUUUAGUCUUAGAACAAAAGUUUUUAGAACAACUUCAAGAAAAAGAGAAAGAAUUUGAGAGGGUAAUACAAGAGAAAGAUGAGGAAUUGAGAAAAGUGAAGAAUGAAUCUCAAGAAAGAGAACAAGAGCUUCUUAAGCAGUUACAACAGGCCGAAUCUUCUUGGGUUUUGGAUAAAGAAGAAAUUACCAUAACAGAAGGGCUUGUUGGUAAAGGAAGUUGGGGAGAGGUCAAAGUGGGCAUUUAUUGUGGCUUGAGAGUUGCUGCAAAGCGUCUUCAUGAUGUCAUCAUUUCUCAUUAUAAUAUCAGUACAUUCUCGCGUGAAAUGAAUAUUGCUUCCAAGGUACGUCAUCCCAAUCUCCUUCAGUUUAUAGGAGCCACUAAAGAGGGUAACCCAAUCAUCCUGACAGAGCUAAUGCACACCAGCUUAAGGAAGGAAUUAGAAACAUCAAGCACAAUGCCUUAUCAUGUUGUACUAAGCAUCAGUCUUGAUGUAGCCUGUGCUCUCAAUUACCUUCACCUCUUCAAGCCUCAUCCUAUACUGCACAGAGAUGUCAGCAGUCCUAAUGUGCUCCUUCAGCCAGUAGGUAAUGGAUGGAGAGCUAAAUUGUCAGACUAUGGCUCGGCUAAUCUCCAACAUCUCAUUGGAUUCACUGUUAACCCUGGUUCUCCAAUCUAUUCAGCACCCGAGGCGACAAACCCACAUAAUCAUUCUCCUGCUAUGGAUGUCUAUAGCUUUGCUGUCCUCUUGAUUGAAAUGCUCACUUGUCAGUUACCAGAGCCAAAGGAGAGACAGACUCAGCUCAGCACUGCAGUAAAGGACCAUGUCACCAUUAGACAGCUACUAGUGACUUGUCUUAAUAAUGAGUAUGAGAGUCGCCCAAAUAUGUCUGAUGUCAUUAGAGAGCUUAAAAGGGAAAUUUAAUAGUUAACCAAUUUAUGCAUUUUAUACACUGACAAUGCAAGGCUAUACAAGCUGACAUUCAAAGUGCAUUUCUAUUGU